AUGGGGGUCGUGAUUCCCCUCUUCGUUCCAAGGGAGUAUACCCCAGCCGAUCCCGAUAGCCUUAUGUCGAUACCCAAUGGGGUCGUCAAAGGCGGCAUACCGUCCGGCCCACUUGCCGUACGACCAAAACAUCUCGACGUUUUCACGGGAGUAAAGAAGCGACACUUGUUCAUACGUGUCUUCUCUUGGGAUUAUAUCGCUCGGCUUUGGUUCUCGUCAUACAACUCUGCGCGGAAUUUGUUGCGCCUGUUGGCAUUAAUCGUCUUUUACAGUACCCGUCUACCGAGUCAGAUUUCGCUUGCCGUUCACACCCAUACAGUUUUAUCUUGA